CUGCAAGCGCCGGCUGCAGCCAACACUGCCUUUGCGGCCACCGCGCCUGAGCCUGCACCCCGUCACCGCAGGCACCCGCGCGCCUGUGCGCCCAGCCUCGCCAGCCCCCCGCCUGCGCCCGCCGCCUUCGCCCGGCCCCCAGGGGAAGAUGCCCUCGCCCCCCCUGCCCGUGCAGCGGGCAGGCCGAGCCGGGGGUUAGUGCGGCGGCCUGGCUCCGGAGGAGAGGCCAAGCAGCGCCGCAGCGUGACGCGUCCCCGAGGAGGGUCGCCGGGCCCCCACGACGCCCUUGGGGUGCCUUUGGGUGGCCCCGGUGCAGACUAUGCGAGAGCAGCCGGAGGGCCUGAGCGGAGCGGUGCAGAGGAAGGGAAGGCAGGGGGGUCCCGGCGGAUGGACCCGGUGAGGCCAGCCUUCCGAUGUCGGCUCCGCUGCUGGUCUGGGCUGUCCUCCUGCACUGGGCCGCCCGUGGGGGCCUCGUCCGAGGAGGGAGGACGUGGCAGCACUGCACAGACCUUCGCCCUCUAGACAUCCUCUCAGAGGUGGUCCCUGCCAGUGGGCUGGGCCAAGACAUGAGGGUGUUUCAAGUGCAGGGGGUGCGCGGUUUCCAGCUCACUGCCUCGCGGCCCCGGGCCCUGGGCUUUCCUGCCUCCCGGCUCUUCAUCCACUGCGACCGCUUCCCUGAGGAGUUCUCCAUCAUCGUCACACUAAGAGUCCUUAAUGUCCCCGCCAAGAGAAACGAAUACCUCUUCACCCUCAUGGCUGAGGAGAGCCACAGCGUGCUGGUGGGGCUCCGCUACUCCCCGAACAAGCUCCACUUCCUCUUCUGGAGCCAGGAGCACUUCAACGGCUGGCAGACCUGCGUCACCUUCCACAAUGUUUCCUUGUCAGACAACCAGUGGCACACACUCGUCCUGGCUGUCUCUGGCCAAUCCUUCUCCCUGACAGUGGACUGCAAUGUCCCCAGUGACGUGGCGGUGGAGACACCAUUUCCGACCUCCCUGUCAGUGAAAAGAGCCAGCUUUUACCUGGGCAACAGGAGGAGAAAGAAAGGCUUAUUUACAGGCUUGCUCAGACAGCUUGUCCUGUUGCCAGGAGCUGAUGCCACCCCCCGAAUAUGCACGUCCAUGAAUUUUAAAGUAGCAACGCUCUCUGUCCCCACUAUUCUCCAGGAUCUCCCAACGAAGCCGGCAAGCAAUGAGGUGCUGAAAUACCCAUAUGAGACUGAUAUGAAGGUGACCUUCGGAUCCCGCCCGCCCUGCACCAAGCAUGAGAAGGCACAUUUCUGGUUCAACGCCUCCCAGAGAGGGCUGUACCUGUGCAACGGCAGCACCUGGAUUUCCAUGCUGGAAGUGAAACAAAGGCUUGACUAUGUGGAGGAGUACCAGAAUCUGGUGACCAACUCCGAGACGAUGGGCAUUGAGGUCUUCACCAUCCCAAAGGUGGGACUGUUUGCAGCCACUGCCAACCGGUACACUCCCCCUGGAUCAGCUAUCUACAAGUGGACUGAUGGGAAGUUUGUGCCCUAUCAGAACAUUCCCACCUACCAAGCUCAGUCCUGGAAGUACUUCACCAUAGGAAAAAAGAUCUUCCUAGCAGUGGCUAAUUUUGAGCAGAAUGACAGGGGUCAGGAGUACUCUGUAAUAUACAAGUGGAGCCGCAGGAAAGAGAAAUUCUUCACGUACCAGAGGAUCGCCACGCACAGCGCUAGGGACUGGGAGGCAUUUGUCAUUGAGGGAGAGGCUUUCCUCGCAGUGGUCAACCACAGAGAAGGGAAUAAUCACAACAUAGACAGUGUGAUAUACAGGUGGAACCCCAGGACGGGGCUGUUUGAGACCAACCAGACCAUCCCUACCUCCGGAGCCUACGACUGGGAAUUUUUCACCAUUGGGCCAUAUUCCUUCCUGGCCGUGGCUAACACAUUUAACGGCACAUCCACCAAGAUCUACUCUCACAUCUACAUCUGGCUCAGUGGCUGUUUCCAGCUCUUCCAGUCUAUCCUGACAUUUGGUGCUGCUGACUGGGAGGUCUUCCAUAUUGGGAACAGAGUCUUCCUGGCUGUGGCGAACAGCCAUAGCUAUGACAGUGGGACACUGGUGCCUUCCAACUUCUAUGCCAUCAACUCCUCCAUCUAUGAGCUGAACAUCACUGCCCAGAUGUUUGUCAAAUUCCAGGACCUCCUCACCUACAGUGCCCUGGACUGGGAGUUCUUCUCAGUGGGAGACGACUAUUUUCUGGUGGUAGCAAACUCCUUCGAUGGCUUCACCUUCUCCGUUAACAGUAUUAUCUACAGGUGGCAAGGCUAUGAAGGCUUCGUAGCAGUUCAUCGCCUCCCCACAGUGGGCUGUAGAGACUGGGAGGCAUUUAACACCACCGAGGGCUCCUACCUCCUCUACUCCAGUGCCAAGGAGCCGCUUUCCAAGGUGCUCAAGCUGAAAACCACCUGAAGUGGCCAAGACGCGCUCAGCUCACCGCCAAGACCAGAGUAAGCUGUGCACCAAGGGUGCCCGUCCUGAGACACCCCUCAUCUCCGGCCGUCUAUGCUGGCUGAUGACCGUGCCAGCAUCUUCUACGCUAUACUAGACCUCAUUCCGGCGCCCUGCUGCUGCACGGUGCCUGCAGACCUUCUCGCUCCACCACAACUGAUUUCAGUCGUCCUUGCUGAGCAAUGUGUGUAUAUUGUACAAAUCCAUAGAUUUAUUUUACAGCCAGAUUUGGCAGACAAAGUUUUUGUUUGUCACAAUUUGCAUCACAUAGGUGGUGGGGCAGGGUCUUCCUGAGCAGUGACAUUUGUACUCAGUUUGGAGGAUUUUAUAGACUUGCUUUGACAUAUUGCUGGUGUCCACCAUCCCAUCUUAUGCUGGUCCUCAGCCACCUCUCCACGGGAUGAGAGACCCCCCCAGUCAAAUCUGCCAUACAUUAGGACUGAUCUGGCUACUGUUGGUAUGGAAAAGACCAAAAACUGCUCCAGGUGAAAAUGUAGCCUCUUUUCCUCACCUUUCUUUGUGGCAGAGAAGGGGCGACUUCUGCUUAAAUGGAGCUCUAAUAAACCAUGCACACAAUAAACCAACCUACAUCCCACA